AUGGAACAGACCCCUAACGUCUGCACGGCUGUGUACGCUCUCCGGUGUGUCUCCGGUGCAAUGCCCCACCCCCCUUCACCACCAGGGGGCCCUCCACCACCCCCCACUCACACACAGUCCCCUCCCUCCCCCUCAGAGCCUGGGGCCCUUUUCUCCGAGAUCUGCAGAGGAUCAGACCUGAAGAGAGGCUCGCCACAGCUGAGCCACGCCCCCUCGGACAGUAAGCCGCCGUCCUCUGAGCACCCGUACUUCCGUUUGUACCAGUACCUCCAGCAGGGGGCGCCACGGACCGACACUAACACCUGUGGAGACAUACAACAUAAGUCGAAAGUGUGCGGAGAUACUGCAGCGUCCAAUGGGAGCGGAGCCACCAGUCCCUCGGAUCCAGCAGCACCAAUGGGCGGAGCCUCCAAGCUGAGAGCGUCUGCAGAUGGGUCGUCGCGUCGGUCUCCACGGGCCGCUGCACCCCGACCCCCAGGUCAUCGUCAUGACAUAGGUGGCCCUUCUCCAACUCCUCCCCCUCAGUGUCGCCGUGGGAACGCUCCGUCGCCUCCUGUCUCUGCCCCUCGUCCCCCGACCUCAGGAGGAAAUCCCACCCUCUGCUCCCUGGCUCCGCCCCCUCCCCAUCACCAUGGUAACGGAGACGGCCCUGACCCCCCGCAGAGAAACAAUUCCCUGAACAAACGGCCUGCUCCAACAUGCCCCGCCCCCACGCGAGGCCCUGCCCCUCCACCGCCAAGUCCCGCCCACCUUUCAGCAAGGCUCCACCCACCAAACAAAGACCCGCCCCCAAGAGCCACAGCUCCUCCCACCCCAGUGAUGUCAUCGCCCCGCCCUGGCUGCAGAGAGGCCCCGCCUCCUCCUCCUGGUAGCCCCGCCCCCUCUGACCCCUCCCCCAGAGGAAAGCCCCCUCUUCCCCCAAUUGCCCAGACUGACUGCAACGGCUCCCCCCGCAGGCCAAUGGAUGACUUUGAGUCUAAAUAUUCGUUUCAUCCUUUGGACGACUUCCCUCCUCCAGAGGAGUACCGGCACUUCACCAAGAUCUACCCGAGCAAAGCCGACCAAGUGAUGCGCGGCGCCCCCCCGCUGCCCCCUGUGGCCAGUGCCAAACUCUGGAGCUGCGGACUCAGGACCCAACCCCUGACCCGGGACCUGAUUCAGGACCUGACCCGCAACUUGGCCCAUAAACCAACCCGACCCAGGACCUGA